AUGGCGUCCAACAAGCAGGGCAAGAUGAUCAACUACCGUAUGCGCAUCACGCUCAACGACGGCCGCCAGAUGACCGGCCAGAUGCUCGCCUUUGACAAGCACAUGAACCUCGUCCUCGCCGAUACCGAAGAGUUCCGCCGCAUUCGCCGCAAAGAGACCAAGCCUGCCGCGUCUGGCUCCGGCGGCAGCGGCCAGGCGACGACCACCACCAUCGAGCGCGAAGAGAAGCGCACGCUCGGUCUCGCCAUCGUCCGCGGCGCCCACAUCGUCUCGCUGUCUGUUGAGUCGCCGCCCCCGGCCGACCCCAGUGCCCGCCUCGGCAAAGCGCCCACGGCCGGCGUAGCUUCCGGCCUGGCGGCUGGUCCUGGUGUUGCGCGGCCAGCCGGUCGUGGUGCACCUGCGCCCAUAGCACUGGCCGGCCCGGCAGCGGGCGUCGGUGGUCCCGGCCAGCCUUUCCCGCCUGGCUUCCCAGGCGCGCCCGGCUUCGGCCGCGGUGGUCGUACGUCUACCUUCUACCUUCUGCCUUCUCCCCGUCCCGUCGCUCAAAGCCGACGCACCAGGUCGUUUUCCAGUGCUAACAAGACAGCUCCCCCCGGCUUCCCUGGCGGCAGCGGCUUCCCGCCGGCUGGCUUCCCUGGCGGCCCCGCUGGUUUUGCGCCGCCGCCUGGCUUCCCUGGCGGCGGCGGCCCACCACCCGGCUUCAACGCACCCCCACGGCGGUAA